CUAACAGCUAGCUGCCCAUAUCAACAAACAGUCGAUGCCGCCAUCGGCGUCUCUUCACACGCGUUCAGUCGGAUAUUUGUGGUGUUUGAUACGAGUCGGUGUCGCUGCAGACAGGCAGAGGCCCUGAAAGCUGACAUGACAGAUUCGAAGCUGGGGGCGGCAGAGGUGUGGACGUCUCGGCAGGCUCUGCAGGACCUCUACCAGAAAAUGCUGGUGACUGAUCUGGAGUACGCUCUGGACAAGAAGGUGGAGCAAGACCUGUGGAAUCAUGCUUUUAAGAACCAGAUCACCACACUGCAGAGCCAGGCCAAGAACCGAGCCAACCCCAACCGCAGCGAGGUGCAGGCCAACCUGUCCUUGUUUCUGGAGGCAGCUAGUGGCUUCUACACACAGCUGUUGCAGGAGCUGUGCACCGUCUUCAACGUGGACCUGCCGUCUCGCGUCAAAUCGUCUCAGCUCGGCAUCAUCAGCAAUAAACAGAGCAGCACCAGUGCCAUCGUCACCCCACAGCCCAGCUCCUGCUCCUACAUCUGCCAGCACUGCCUCGUCCACCUCGGAGACAUCGCUCGUUACCGUAACCAGACCAGCCAGGCGGAGUCGUACUACCGACAUGCAGCUCAGCUGGUUCCAUCGAAUGGUCAGCCAUACAACCAGCUGGCUAUCCUGGCCUCCUCGAAGGGAGACCACCUCACCACCAUCUUCUACUACUGCCGCAGCAUCGCAGUCAAGUUCCCCUUCCCAGCAGCCUCGACCAACCUACAGAAGGCCCUGUCCAAGGCCCUGGAGAGUCGUGAUGAGGUGAAAACCAAGUGGAGUGUGUCAGAUUUCAUCAGGGCCUUCAUCAAAUUCCACGGUCACGUCUACCUGAGUAAGAGUCUGGACAAACUGGACGGUCUGAGGGAGAAACUGGAGGAGCAGUUUCAGAGGCUGAUCCUGCAGAAAGCCUUCAGCUCUCAGCAGCUGGUCCACAUCACAGUCAUCAACCUGUUUGAGCUCCACCACCUCAGAGACCUGACGACUGACGUCAGUGAGCAGAAGUACAGCAGCGAGCAGCAGAUCAGCUGGUUCCAGCUGCUCGGACUCUUCAUGUCCUUCCUGGGCAUCAUGUGCAGCCGUGUUCUGCUCAACAAGAACAGGGGGGAGGAGAUCAUGGGGGAGUGUCCUCUGCCGGCCAUCAAAGUUUCUCUGGACUGGCUCAAACUGAGACCCAGCAUCUUCCACGAGGCCGCCAUUGACAAGAGACAGUAUAUUUGGCCCUGGCUGGUCUCCAUCCUCAACAGUUUCCAGCCCAAGGAGGACGAUGUGUCCUGUUCCUCAGUCACACCCCUGCCAGAGGAGUUUGAGCUUCAGGGUUUCCUGGCUCUCCGGCCCGCUCUGAGGUCUCUGGACUUCACUAAAGGUCAUCAGGGCAUCCUGGUGGACAGAGACGGCCUGCCGGUCCACACCCGACACCAGAGACUCAUCGGUCUUGGCAAGUGGGUGGCCGACAACCAGCCAGGGUUGAUUCAGUGCAGAGUGAGCGAGGACGGUCUCCUCGUCUUCAUUACCGACAUUCCAGAGCAGGCCAUCGAGGAGCCGCAGGAGAAGGAGGCGGCCGUUCUGCAGGAGUCGUCCAACGGUGAGCAGAUGCCCAACGACGGCGGAAACUCCGGCCUGAAGUCGGUGCUGUCGGCGGGGAAGACGCAGAGCUCGUGGCCGGACGGGAGCGACCGACCCGUCGUCACCUUCAAGGAGAACAUCAGACCCCGAGAGCAGAGCCGCGAGCCAGCGCGGAACCAUCAUCAGAAGGAUGGUGGCAAAGAGCGCAGAGACUUCGCUAAGGGCAACGGGGCUUCUGGGAAAGGAGAGCUGAAGAGGGACGGGAAGAGGAAGAGCGAGCUGAAGAAAACCGGUCAUGAGAAAACUACUGAUGCUGGAAAACAGGUGAAGGCUCAGACGGAGCUGAGGAAGACUCCGGUGUCUGAGGCGAAGAAGACCCCCGUCACUCAAACUCAGACCACAUCCUCCCAGUUCAUCCCCAUCCAUCAUCCUGGAGCCUUCCCACCACUGCCCAGCAGACCAGGUUUCCCACCCUCAGCCUAUGUGAUCCCUCCCCCGGUGGCAUUCCCUGGGCUUCAGGUGAAUCCGAGCUUCACCUUCUCCACCGGAGUGUCCGUCCCUGGACCUUUCCUCCAGCCGGCUGUCCACUCCCAGGCCGGCACACAGGUCCAGGCUGGGAAGCAGUCCCACAUUCCCUACAGUCAGCAGAGGCCCUCAGGGCCGGGGCCAGGUCAGGGGCCUGGGUCCUCGGGGCAGGGUCCAGUGCUCAUGAACCAGGGCCCCUCCCAGAGUCAGCAGCCCCAGGGCCAGCCACCCUCCCAGCAGGCUUUGCAGCAGUCGGUCCAGCUGCAGGUUCAGGCACUGAGCCAGCAGCAGCAGUCUCCCACCAAACCGGUUCAGCAGGUCGGCCUGGGGAAGAGUCCACCUCACCACCCGGGACUGCAGCAGCAGUACAUGCAGGUCCAGGACCAGCCGACUCAGAUGUGGAACCAGGCGCAGGCAGCCCUGCAGAAGAUGAAUCCCAUGCAGAUGUCCCUGAAACAGGCGCAGCAGCAGCAGCAGCCGCAGCAGCAGCAGCAGCAGCAGCAGGCCUUCUACAUGACAGCUCAGGACCCUCUGAAACUGUACGAGCACCAGCUGCAGCCGCCCACCCAGCCACAGCUCUCCAACAUGGACAAGAAGAUCAAGUACCCUGACGUCAAGAUGCAGGACUUCUACUGGGAGCCGUCCUACAGGAUGGGAGACGGUCUGGCUGUAAUGGCAGACAGGAUGAAGAGACCCCCACCAGGUGGUAUCUGUUCAGAGCAGGACACCUCUGCCGGGCCCCGGGGGCCCCCAUUUGAGGACAACAAGAGCUCGCCUCUUCUACCUCCUGACCUGUUAAAAACUCUAGCAGAUUUUGAGGAGGAGGAGGAGCUCGUCUUUACUAAGCCUCCUGAUUUCUUCCAGGCCCUGGCUGGCCCUCUUAGCACUGCUCCUGGACCAAACAUAUUUCUGCCAAAUCAGACCAGGAUGGAGAGCGGCCCCGACGUCGUCAGCCAAUCAUCUUCUCUCCUGCCCAUUCCUGGCUUCCCCAUGCAGGAGUACAACCAGAACAGCAUCUUCAGUCAGGCCUACGGCAAGAACCUGCCACCCAGCUCCAAGCCCGAUGCUCCCAUGGUGCACCAGGAGCCGUCCCUCUACUCCCUCUUUGAAGGGACUCCGUGGUCCCCCUCCCUCCCUGCCAGCUCAGACCACUCCACCCCAGCCAGCCAGUCCCCUCACUCCUCCAACCCCAGCAGCCUGCCGUCCUCCCCACCCACACACAACCACGGCGCCAUGCCCUUCUCUAACUUUGGGCCCAUUGGCACCCCGGACAGCCGGGACCGCAGGGUAGUGGACCGCUGGAAGGCUGACAAGACCGGAGCGGUGACUGGGUUCGGCCUGGACUACCUGCCGGCUGCAGCCUCCUCUGCAGCUUCUGACACCAGCUGGCACCAGACCGGGCCGAGCGGCAGCUCCUGGACCAAUCAGGAGUCUCCUAUGGAGGAGUCGUCCUCCACCGUGCUGCUCGACAGCUUCAAGUCCAUCUGGUCGAGCUCCAUGAUGCAGCCGGGCCCGUCGGCGCUGGAGCAGCUCCUCCUGCAGCAGAAGCAGAAGCAGCAGCGAGGUCACGGCACCAUGAACCCGCCUCACUGAAUGGCAGCCGGAGGCGGCGCUUUGUGUCCGGACGUCAAAACAACCACCACCAGGAGAAACGGGAGGGAGAAAAACGAAGUUUGACGAAGACGAGCUCCAAUUAAAAUGGAAAAUUAAACCGGUGAGAAUCGGUGGAGGCUGGGGAGGUGAUACGACCCCCCGACGAGGCUGAAACACCACCCCACCCCCCUCGGCUGUCGAGGAGCGGUGACGCCCCUCCUGGAUCGGAGGGCGCGGGAUCUCUUCACCCAUGGUGUCACGUGUCACGCCACCGCCAGGUUUCCUUCAACCCGCGGAAAUCUGAACAUUGAGGAACAUAACCCCCCCUCACCACCAUUGUCCCCCCGGAUUUGGACAGACGCCACAUCUCCACAGCUCCUCUCUCAUCUGGAAGAACGCCUUCUUUCCUUGGAACAAAAAAAAAAAAAAAAAAAGCCACCUCCUGGACGUCUGCUCGGUCCCGUCGGAGCGCCGGUUUUUAGCGUCUCCACCGCCGCAGACUGAAGCGAGGGCGCUGUGAGAGAGCGAGGACGGUGUGGUGGUCACGUUCAGGGGGGGACGCCAGGUGAAGCACCGGGGGACAAAAUAACAGACUGGACUUUCUGAUCUCUCCAUUCAUUUUCAUUACUGUGGAGGAGGAGGGGGAAGGCUCUGUAGCUGAUUGGUUGAAUGAAGGAAAGAAAGGACGGUUUGGGUUACAGCUAUAUAAAUAUAUAAAUAAAUAUAUAUUGCCAUAGUUGGACUUUAAACGGGCCUUGUCUCUUAGCCGUGUUGUGAGAAUCAGGACUGGACGCUGCUUUGUGAAGCCAGGUGUGUGACCUCACCUGGACCGAUGCUCGCUCGACGUCCGAUGUUUUUGAGGGAAGAGCCGUGAGACCCGACCGUGGGACGGCUUUGUGUCGCCAGUAAACGUCAUGGGAAAGGAAGACGUACGAGGGAGGGGGGCUAAGGACACAAACCCCGUCAGUCUUAGGGGUAGUAUUAUCGUUAGCUUACAGAGUCGCAGAUAUUAACAAAAAAAACCUGUAUUUUGUGAUUUGUUCGUAGCAGUUUUAGCUUCAUGCCCUCUGAGGUGAACACAGGUGUGUCUGUUAGCUUUCAGCUUAAAUAUUUUCCUGGUUCUCUUCCUCUUUGGCCUCUUCUUCCUGUUUCUUCUUUAUUUAAUGAAGAAAAAAAAAAACUAAAGAAAAGAUGGAACCCUGCUCGCUUUCUGAACCUGCACUUCCUGUUUCUUUCUGUUCAUGUUCGGCCUUUUUACUAGUUGUAAGCAGCUGUGUCUGCUCUGUGCCUGCUCACUGUCCCAUUACUACUGACCGCUGUAAAGGUUAGCACGAGGCCGCGGGCGGAGGGCCGGGCAGACAGGCAGGUAGACAGGUAGACAGACAGGUGUGUACAGGUCGUUGGCUCAGCCUGAAUGUUUUCCACUAUCUCUUCUUCAGUAACCGCUGAACGACUGCAGCUCGACCCUGUGCAGCUGGUGUGUAAUGGACUGUAGUGUGUGGAGGCCCCGCAGCUCUGCUGUCAUUCACCUGGUACCUGAAGAACCCGUUCAGCCUCAGAGUCCCAGGAACUACAGAGAACCAAGCUCAGGACCCAGAGUCCCGUCUGUGCAGUGAAGAUCUGAUCUUUUAUUCAUGUGUUGAACGGUGAAACCGAAGCGUCUGUAACAGAUUAGAAAAAGCUGUUUAAUGGUUAUGUUUGUUAACGGUUCAUCUCCUGGUGAUUAUCAGCUGUCGAUUGAUGUGUUGGCAGCUCUGAGCUCUGCUGAGGCUGCCGGAGCAGGAAGGAUUAAUCCUUUAUCAAUAUAUUGGUGAUUAUUUUUCUGCUGUUGGACUAAUUGAUUAAUCAGCUAAUUGUUCAGCCCUGCGUUUUGUCUGGCAGGAGACAGGCAGAGGGGGGAGGUGGGACUGAAGACGCCGCAGGUAUAAAAAUAGAAAACAGCUCCUGCUCCAUCUUUGUUUUCAUUUUCUUAUCAAACCUAAGAAAAGUUUCUGAGUUCUCUGAAAAGGUUCCUGGGUUCCUGAACAGGUUCCACUGACCGUGUACAGCAGCUACCUGCCGUCAGCCCUCGUAGCUUCAGAGCCAGUCAGAAAGCAGCGAGUGACAGCCAGCCAAUCACGGCGCUCCGAGGCUUUGGGCUUUAGCAGGAUGAGGUGGUUUAGACUGCAGCACUGUAAGAAGCUUCCUGUCUGGGUUAAAGCAGGAAGUGGUUUUCUAUCUGGAAGUGUAAGUUUCAUCGUUUAGUUGUGAGGGAUUAAAAAAUAAAAGCCUGUUUUUAUUUUCCCAUCGAGGGCGUUUUAUUACAGCAGACUGCAGAGACGUGUCUGUUUUCCCUGUGAUUGUGCUUUUCAUGUUGCAUUUACAAAAUGUAUUUGAAAACUAAUAAAGAUAAAAUACUGAAUGUGAGGUGGAAGAAGAAGCAGCGCCGAGGAGAGCAGAGAGCCGUUAGCUCUGUCUGAAGCUCACACCUGGAUCUGGACCGGGCCGCUUCUCGUUGCCUUUUGGUUGGUCUUUUAUUUUGAAGUAAGAACUAAAUGGACUGUGACCUGGCGGUGAGCUUCCUCUCUGAGGUGUUCAGGAGGCUUCAGGCUGUCGGCGGCAGAUCUGUGGUGGAGUCUGAGAGUUUCUGACGGGAAACUGAGGCUUUUUGUGUUUGUCUCUCUGUAAACUUUCAGAACUGGUGGAAUCAGCCUUUAAAUAAAUGUAAACUAUGUUCUCCCUUCA